GGACAGCUACUAGAGACGCAACAAGGGUGCUGCCCGAGUUAUCGGGACCCUGUUGGGAACUGUCAACAAACACUCAGUGGAGGUCACCAAUUGCUUUUCAGUGUCACACAAUGAGUCAGAUGAAGUGGCUGUUGACAUGGAAUUUGCUAAGAACAUGUAUGAACUGCAUAAAAAAGUUUCUCCAAAUGAGCUCAUCUUGGGGUGGUAUGCUGCAGGCCAUCACAUCACAGAGCACUCUGUGCUGAUCCAUGACUACUACAGCCGAGAGGCCCCCAACCCCAUCCACCUCACUGUGGACACAAGUCUCCAGAACGGCCAUAUGAGCAUCGAAGCCUAUGUCAGCACUUUAAUGGGUGUCCCUGGGAGGACCGUGGGAGUGUUCACACCUCUGACAGUGAAAUACGCAUACUAUGACACGGAAUGCAUCAGAGUUGACCUGAUCAUGAAGACCUGCUUUAGCCCCAACAGAGUGGUUGGACUCUCAAGUGACUUGCAGCAAGUAGGAAGGGCAUCAGCUCGCAUCCAGGAUGCCCUGAGCAUAGUGUUGCAAUAUGCAGAGGAUAUACUAUCUGGAAAGGUGUCAGCUGACAAUACCAUCAGGAAGGUGGGCCACUUCCUGAUGAGCCUGGUUAACCAAGUACCAAAAAUAGUUCCCGAUGACUUGGAGACCAUGCUCCACAGCAACAUCAAUGAUCUGUUGAUGGUGACCUACCUGGCCAACCUCACACAGUCACAGAUUGCCCUCAAUGAAAAUCUUGUAAACCUGUGA